AUGAGUGACGAUUACGUGGAAGGAUAUCGAGUGGAACAAUUAUCCACCAACGUAUAUUGCAUUCGUGAAGAAGAUUAUUGUAAACAUGGCCCGCUGAUGUACCUCAUCAUUGGUACUCAAAAAGAAACACAUACUUUUUCGGUUCGGCCGUACAAAGUAACAAGAUGGUUAGCGGACGAAGAGGUAAUUAGACUUGGCGAUAUGGAUUCUGACGAGCUGAAAGUGCUACAUACACCAGGACAUACACCCGAUUCGUUAACUAUAUGGUUAUUUUCAGUUUGUACCAUGCUGUAUAAGCGACUUUUCGCAUUCGAAUUCUCUUUGAUUAAAUGCCAAGUAAUAAUUUAG